AUGCACGCCCACCGUCUUGCGUUCCUCCUACUGCACGUCUGCUGGACCCUGCUCCAGGUGGCCUCCGCGACGAUGACCACCGUGCCCCUACGUACGCGGAGGCAGCCCUCGUCGCCGUCCCCUCUUGCAUACAUGCUGAGCCUCUACCGCGACCCUCUGCCCCGCGCGGACAUCAUCCGCAGCCUGCAGGCGCAAGACGUGGAGGUGGCUGGGCAGAACUGGACCUUUGCUUUCGACUUCUCCUUCCUGAGCCAAGAAGAGGAGCUGGCAUGGGCUGAGCUCCGGCUGCAGCCGUCUGGCCCCGAGGACCUGCCCGCCGAGGGCCCGCUCACCAUUGAGAUCUUCCACCAGCCCAAAGCAGACGCAGAGCAGGACCCGGCCGACUGCUUGGAGCGUCUCCGGAUGGAGGUGUUCACCGUCGCUCUGUCCCAGGUCACCUUCUCCUCAGGCAGCAUGGUCCUGGAGGUGACCAGGCCACUCUCCAAGUGGCUAAAGCACCCCAGGACACUGGAGGAGCAGGUGUCCAGUCUGGCCGGAGCGUGCUGGCGGCCACCCCCUACCCCAUCUGGCACCCUGCCCGGCACCGACUCUGUCCCCACCGUGGUUCUCGUGCUCCACUCCAACCUCUCCCAGGAGCAGAGGCGGCUGGGCGGCGCCACCUUGCUGUGGGAAGCCGAGAGCUCCUGGCGGGCCCAGGAGGGGCAGCUGGCCUCUGAGAGGGGCAGGAGGCACCGGCGGCAUCAGUUGCCAGACAGAAGCCAACUGUGCCGCAAGGUCAAGUUCCAGGUGGACUUCAACCUCAUUGGCUGGGGCUCUUGGAUCAUCUACCCCAAGCAGUACAACGCCUACCGCUGUGAGGGCGAGUGUCCUAACCCCGUGGGAGAGGAGUUUCAUCCAACCAACCACGCCUACAUCCAGAGCCUCCUGAAGCGCUACCACCCUCACCGAGUCCCUUCCACCUGCUGCGCCCCGGUGAAGACCAAGCCGCUGAGCAUGCUGUACGUGGACAACGGCAGGGUGCUGCUGGACCACCACAAGGACAUGAUUGUGGAGGAGUGCGGCUGCCUUUGA